AUGAGAAAACAUGAAGAUACUGGCCUAAAUCACUCCAAGCCUACUCACGCCCAACACUUCUACGCGACGAAUGGCCAGUCGCCUAACACAAAUCAUGAGACUUUGCUUGAAAAUGGAGCCGUCGGGGACUCUAAACCGGGGAACGGAGGUCCCCUCCUGGAUGGAGAGCUUUUUGCUGACAGUGCGGACGAGACCGAUGGUAUAUGUGGGUCCCAGGUGAGUGUUUUAAUUAGACUGAUGUCAUCCCCCAGGUGAAUUUUUGUCUCCUGAAGCAUGUUUUUUUGCAAGUCAGUUGAUUGUUUGGCGAUCGACGAACGGAAACGGGCGUAGGAGUGGCUAGGGAAGAGAUAUAAGGAGUGAUGGAUUACUGUUUCCCCCCAAAAUUCGUCGGUGAAUCAGUCGAUAAGAGUUCUUAUCAUUUCGCUUUAAAUCGAAUUCCUGGCUGCGUACAUUACAAUCGGCCGAAAAGUAGCGCAGGUUACCUGAUUUAGUUGGUUUUUAUGAUUCUCUCAAAAUAUAUCGAUUACACCGUUGAUGGGCAAUAAGGAGCGCCUGCCUUCCUUCUUUCGGUUGUUUUCUGAAUGCGAUUUCAGACGAAAACGUCCUCCGGAAACAAGCUCUCGGCGGCCAAGGCCGGUGAUUUGACCGCCAAUCAGAAGCCAUGGCCCUCAAUCACCGAUCUCCGUCAUCUCAUGGAGGCUAGAGGACCGGAAGCGCAGCUUAAGGUGAGUAAUUUUAUGUAAUAGAUUGUAGUUCGCUGUUGAUCGUGUUGUAAAAAAAGCUUUUUAUCGAAACUUUUAUUUUAGUUGGCCGAUGAGUUUAGAGGCAUCGACGGAUUACUGGACGGUCUGCGCGUUGAUCCGGUUAAAGGUCUUCCUCAAGACAAGCACUAUCUGGACGAGAGAAGGAAGAGAUAUGGUUCCAAUACAAUCCCCAAGGCCGAGUCCAAAUCUCUUAUCAAGCUGAUUUUCGAUGCCAGCAAGGUAAUUAAAAUUAAAACUCGUGAUUUUUUUGCAUUUGAUAUUGCACUCUAAAGGGGUCUCGAAAAGAUUUAGGGAAUGAAAAACAUUUGGGAAUUAGAGUCCCUGAUUUAUUGUAAUCUGAUGUCAGCGACCUUGAACGUUUGUCUCCAUUUUAAAGUGUUAGAUGAGUAAUUACGGCUUUCUGUAAGAGGCAAUUGAUGUUGUUUAUUACAGGAUCCCACCUUGAUUAUAUUAAUCUUAUCUGGCUUGGUGUCCCUCGGCCUUUCCUUCUACGAACCUCCUCCAGCUGUUUCCGCUCCUCAGACUUUGUUAAAUGGAACAGUAAUAAACGGAACGGCGGGUGUUCCCGAGAAAGAAGAACAUGGAUCUGCUUGGAUUGAAGGAGUCGCCAUCCUGGUUUGUGUAGUGGUCGUUGUUCUGGUUACAGCGUUAAAUGAUUUCUCCAAAGAACGGCAAUUCAGAAGUAAGUAAUGUCUUGUGAUAAGAUUGUUUUCCCAAGUUUCUUUUUUUUUCUUGAGAUGGACUUGUUUAUGUUUUUUACAAUAAAAGGUUACUGUAUUUUCAGAUCUCCAAGACAAAAUCGAAACCGGCCAAAAGUUCUCAGUGAUUCGAGAAGGUGAGGCUCUGGAUGUUCCCGUCAGCGACCUCGUGGUGGGUGAUGUGAUUCGAGUCAAAUAUGGGGAUCUUGUUCCCGCUGAUGGAGUCCUUCUUCAAGGAAAUGAUUUGAAGAUUGAUGAAAGUUCAUUGACUGGAGAGUCUGAUCACGUGAAGAAGACAGUGGAAGAAGACCCCUUUGUUCUAUCGGGUAAGUGGAGUAAUAAUGAGGCUCAAUAUACACAUGGACUUGGUGCUACAAUCUUGUUUUAGGUACUUAUAUCAUGGAAGGAAGUGGGAAGGUCGUGAUCACGGCUGUUGGUAUCAAUUCUCAAACGGGUAUCAUUAUGACGCUGCUUGGUGGAGGAAAGCCAGAGGGCGAUUCUGAUUCCAGCAGUUGUAAGUACGAUUUAGUACAUUCUUCUUUUAAGUAUUUCUGUUCUUAUUUUCUCCUUUUUAGCAAGUUCUUCGUCUGACUCAACCUCCUCAGGUUCAAGUUCAUCCUCGUCUUCCAGUUCAUCUGACAAUGGAGAUCUUCAUUCCAAAUCAAUUCUCCAGACGAAACUUUCCGCUCUUGCCUUGCAUAUCAUCUAUUGUGGAACUAGCGUUGCUCUCGUCGCCCUCAUUGUUUUGAUUGUUAGAUUCUGUAUUGAAACUUACAUCAUCGCUGGUGAAUCCUUCAGUGUUGCUCAACUUUACAAUUUCAUCAAGUUUUUCAUCAUCGCUGUCACAAUUCUGGUGAUCUCCAUUCCCGAGGGGCUACCAUUGGCCAUCGCUUUGUCCUUGACGUAUUCGGUCAAGAAGGUGGGUUGUGUAUAUAAUUGAAAUUUUAAUUCUUACAGAUGAUGAAAGACAACAAUUUGGUGAGGCAUUUGGAUGCCUGUGAAACCAUGGGAAACGCCACGACCAUUUGCUCGGACAAGACGGGCACUCUGACCACAAACAGAAUGACCUGUGUCCAAUCGUACGUCUGCGGAAGGCUCUACACCGACGAGAAAUCCCAACCAACAGCGGCCACUCUUCCACCCACUGUGAUCUCGCUUAUCACCGAGUCUAUUACCUUGAACUGCGCUUACAAUUCAAUGAUUGCCGAGCCAGAAAAACCCGGUGAACGAGGACAACAGCUAGGUAACAAGACGGAGUGUGGCCUUCUGGGUUAUGUGCAACGUCUUGGUGGAGAUGUGAAUGCCAUCAGAAGGGCUCAACCGGAGGAAUCCUUGUUCAAGGUGUAUACUUUUAACUCCUCCAGAAAGUCAAUGAUGACUGUGAUUGAAUUAAAAAGCCCCGGUGGAGUCAAGUAUGGCUACAGAGUCUUCGCCAAGGGAGCUUCGGAGAUUAUACUCGGGCGAUGUAAGUACUUCAUCGGAGCCGAUGGAUCACCUGAAAUAUUUGAUGAAGAAAAACAUAAACAAUUCCACGAUAUCAUUCAUAAUAUGGCCACUAACGGACUGAGAACUAUUUGCAUUGGAUACAAGGAUUAUAUUCUAAAGAAUGUCAAAGAACCAGGGGAAACCGAUGUUGCCAUAGAAUCUGAAGAAGACAUUAAUUGGGACGACGAAAAGGAAAUCUCCAACAAUUUCACUGGGCUCUGCAUCUGCGGAAUCCAAGAUCCCGUCAGAGAUGAAGUCCCCGAGGCUAUCAGAAGAUGCAAGAGUGCCGGAAUCACAGUCAGAAUGGUCACUGGAGACAAUAUUAAUACUGCUAGAGCCAUUGCUUUGAAUUGUCAAAUUAUCCAACCCGGAGAGGACUUCCUGGUCUUGGAAGGAAAAGAAUUUAACGAAAGAAUCCGCGACAAAAACGGUCAGGUCAGUCAAGCCAAACUGGAUGAGGUCUGGCCUCGCCUGCGCGUCUUGGCCAGAGCACAGCCAGCUGACAAAUACACUUUGGUUAAGGGAAUUAUCGACAGUAAGAUUACGACCCAGCGGUAAGUUUACAAGAGACGCUUUUAUUGUUUCGGAUUCUUUCUCUUCAGUGAAAUCGUAGCCGUAACUGGAGACGGUACCAAUGACGGGCCAGCGUUGAAAAAGGCUGAUGUUGGAUUUGCGAUGGGAAUUGCCGGCACAGACGUAGCCAAGGAGGCUUCAGAUAUCAUUCUGACCGACGACAACUUCACCUCGAUUGUUAAGGCAGUCAUGUGGGGAAGGAAUGUUUAUGAUUCCAUCAGCAAGUUCCUCCAAUUCCAACUGACUGUGAACGUCGUCGCUGUUCUCACCGCCUUCAUCGGUGCUUGUUCUGUGUCCGACUCUCCUCUCAAAGCGGUUCAUAUGUUGUGGAUCAAUCUGAUUAUGGACACAUUGGCAUCUCUGGCUCUGGCCACUGAGAUGCCCACAGAAGAAUUGCUGCAAAGGAAACCUUAUGGACGAAAGAAGUCUCUCAUCUCCAGAACCAUGGUCAAGAACAUCGUUUUGCAUGCCUUGUAUCAGCUGAUUGUGCUGAUGGUAUUCCUCUUCAAGGGCCCGGAAUUCUUCGGAAUACCCACUGGAUUGAACGCUCCAUUGUUUGCUCCUCCAUCUCAGCAUUUCACUAUUAUUUUCAACACAUUCGUGAUGAUGACAGUCUUUAAUGAGAUCAAUGCAAGAAAAGUGCAUGGUGAAAGAAAUGUUUUCAAGGCAAGGUUUUAAACGGGUUUGUAAUUGUUUCUUUCAGUAUUUGUCUUCAAAUCACACCUUUAUCGUCAUCUGGGUGUGCACUUUCAUCUGCCAGAUCAUCAUUGUCCAGUUUGGUGGCCAAUGGUUCUCCACAGCUCCCUUGACUCUGUCCCAAUGGGCAGUUUGUCUAGGGUUUGGUGUUUCGGAACUUCUUUUUGGUCAAAUUGUGGCCACAAUCCCAUCCAAAAAACUUCCCAAGAGCGUUGCCCUUCUCCGUGGAGUCCCUGAACCAUCUCCUUUGGCCAUGCAUCGUCACGAAGACCAGAAACCCCACACUCACAGUCAUGCCAUGCAACAUCACAGAUCACCCAAAGCAAUGUCUCUUUGGUUCCGAGCUGUUGAAUUGAUUGCCGUAAAUGUAAGUGAAGAGCCGCUGUUAGAUGAUUACUUAAAACGGAGUUUGCAGACUCUGGAAGCAAGGGAUGUGGUAGUGUUUGACCCAUAUUUUUUCAUCUUAAUAGUCACAUAUGUCGUCUACAUAACAUUUGUAGAGUAUCUCCGAAAAAUAAUCAGUCAUCGUGUCGGAAUUAUUGGCAGUUUUAUGCUUGGCCUGAUAACGAUAAACAUGUCUGAACCUUUCGGGUUCAUGACAGUUCGAGCGAACACAGGAUCAAUUGUUACGGGGCGUGGUGCCUACGAGGCAAAGUCGGAUUCGGGGGGAGAUUUUUGCGAACCCUGGAGAUGUUAUAGGCGGUUUAAGAUAAGAAAAAGCAGGGUCAAAAUUCUACCGCACACAUAGUUUUGCUUCAAGUUGUUUAAAAAUGAUCUUUUAAUUUUAGUAUCGAAUUAUGAGAGCAAUGCAAGAGAACCACAAAAUGAGGAGAAUGGGAGUAACUGCACCUAAGAUGAGUGCUGAAGCUGCGGAAAAAUGGAGAGAUAGCUACAGGAGAUAUCGGCACAAGAAACAUCAUGAAAGGAGUAAGUAGAGUUUGAUGAUUUCAUAACCAUAAAAUAUUACUUAAAAAUAAUCUUUUUUAGAACUGGCUCGUGAAGCAUCAAAGGAUGUUCCAGAUACCCCAGAAGUCCCGCAUUCCGAGAAAGAAAAGGACGAUAUGCGGAAGAUACAUCGCCAGAUCAAAGGAAUCACAAGAGCACGGAAUUCAGUGUCAGCCUCAUCCCAUCAGGAAAACCAUCCUUCUCAGGUGAACAUGGACCCCUCGAGUAAUGUAUGA